AUGAACUGCGCACCGUUAAAACAGUGGGAUGGUAGGAGCGCGGCGUGCACUUCGCCGGGCUGCAGCGGGCUUCCCGGGCGCGAUCGUCGGCCGGCUCGGAUCCCAGGCACACGGUACGUCCGGGACCGGACCGAACCGAACCGAGCCGUGUCGCUGCCCACCGCCAUACUGUGCUUUCCGCCCUGUCUCGUUUUUAUAGCGACAUUUUACUCCCGAUCGGACCGCGCCCGGGCGACGAUGACGGGGAAGAGCCAGACCAGCAACGUGACCAACAAAAAUGACCCGAGGUCACUCAACUCCAGAGUCUUCAUCGGCAACCUCAACACAGCCAUCGUGAAGAAGGCCGACAUCGAGGUGAUCUUUGCGAAAUACGGCAAGAUCGUAGGCUGCUCUGUGCACAAGGGCUUUGCCUUCGUGCAGUACAUGAGCGAGAGGAACGCCAGGGCCGCCGUCCUGGGGGAGAACAGCCGAGUGGUGGCCGGACAGCCUCUCGACAUCAACAUGGCAGGCGAACCCAGGCCCUAUAGGCCUAAGCUGGGAUCCAAACGACCCAUCUCUGCCAUCUACAGUGGUUAUGAGUUCGACUACGACUACUACAGAGAUGACUUUUACAGCCGUCUGUUUGAAUACCACGGCCGAGUAGCAGCCCCCCCGCGACCGGUCAUUCCGAUCAAGCGAUCCCGGGUCGUGGUUCCCUCCACACGCAGGGUGAAGACCGCCUCCUUCCCUCUCAAGAUGGUGUCCUCUUCCUCCUCAUCCUCCAGAGUGCCCACAGCCAGCUCUUCAUCCUCUGGCCCGAAACUGAAGACGGGCCAGCUGCAGACGAUCAAGCGGGAGAUGACGCAGAUCAAGACCAAGAUCGACUCCCUGCUCAGCCGGCUGGAUAAGAUCGAGAAGCAGCAGAGAGUGGAGUGCGAGGCUCAGAGGAAGUACAAGGACAGCUACGAGUCUCUGCAGGAGGAGUCAGUCUCGGAGACGGCGGACAACUCGGGCGAGGAGGCCGCAGAAGCGGUGGCAGGGGAGGUCACGGACGGUGGCGAGGAUGACUUCGAGGACGAAGGCGGCAGCGAUAUGAUAGAGAACCACGCGUCAGACAUCGACAACUGAGGACUUGUUAACUGAGGGUCAGCACUGGCUGUUGGAGAAGGAUAUGACAGGACUUAUUGCAGAACGACUCCACGAUGUCCGAGGAACAGGACAAAAACAGAACUACCCGUUCACUGCCCCCCCCCCUGCGUCGACAGCCCCAUACCGGACUGCACAUCCAACUUCCAGAAAGAACUUGGUGUAAUCAGGUGUCGUGAGCAACUGGUGCUGUGUUCAGUAAUAGUGUUCAUCUAUGUUAGUGUUUCAGUCUGAAGAAGCUUCUGGAAUUUGCCUGUCAACAUUGGUUCUGCGAAUAUUUUUGGAAGAAAAUCAGAAUGUGGAGUUUAAUUAUUUUCCGUUAUUUUGAAAAUUCACAAAGCCAUCUGAAGUCUAUAUUUUGCUGUUGUUAAUUCCAUUUAAUGGUGACGUACAUUGUCAUUGUUUGUACAUGAUUUGCCACCUCAAUAAAAUGGUAUGUAUUAUACAAAUGUGAAAGUAAAAAUAAAUAAAUGCA